CCCAAUUCUCGAAAUGAAUGAAGUGCUGAGCUCAGGAAAUAAUAUACCAAAGUUCUGAUGAAGUGAUAUUACAUAAAUUAAAUAUUAUUUAUAUUCAUAAAGUUAAACGAAUAAACUUUUUGAAUAAAGCACGAGUUUCUUUUAACUUCACCCUUGCACCAAGUACGAUGCGCUGUCGUAGAUUUUUUAACUAGAUAAAUUCUUAUCUAGAUUACAAAAAAAUCAGGCAUUUCAAAAAGACUAAGUAAAAAAGUGAAAAAAUCACAGCACGUUUUAGGUGCUUCCCGCAGGCAGUGCAUUUUAAAAUGACGAUAUGAAAGCUUAGCAAAUACUUAGACGGCUAAGUAUAAAUAAAUAGUAAUUCUUCUUACUUUCUUCGACACUUCACAUAUGCCAAUUCACAAGUAUUUCAAAUUUUGCUUAGCCCAUUUACUCUCAUUAAAAUAAUUAGUGGAUUUCACUAAUCAUUAAAAUUCUUUACUUUUCUACCAAUAAUAGUACUAUGGCGUGUGUUUAACUGCUUAUUAAUUGUAAUCCAUAUACCUACUUAUUUCUCUUCACCUAAAAAUGCUGAUUUGUUUGUCACUGCUGUAUUUUUUUGUUUGUGAUUUUGUAUUAUGAUUACUUGUGUCCAUUUAUCUGAAAUGUGUCAAAAUCCAUACUUUAGCAUAAGCCGGUCAAUGAAUACGCUAUUCCCUGCAGACAUCGCAAUGAAAAUCUUUACGGAAGUACUUGUCAUAUCGGAAAAAAUAGAACAAUGUUAAAUAUGAAACACAGAUCAUGCAAGAUGCAAGAAACAUGAGUUUCGCGUCGUUGGUUCGACAUGCACAUCUUCCUAUAAAAUCUGCAACAAAGUGCAAAAACCAACCAUUGUAGUGUAGAUUGUAGCAAAACAUCAAACAUGUACUCCUAUGUGACUUGGGUGCUGUUUCUGAGUGCAGUUGUACAAAGUUCUCAAAAUUUCGAAGACAAUCUAAUCAAAAGAGUUGUUAAAGAGUGUUUGGUCUCACGCACCAAAAUCCUAUGUUUCGCCAACAAAGCCGCCAAAGCUUUGGAGCGGUCCAUGGACUGGAAUGUGCAAUUUUUCGACGGUGUCACACUUGAGAGAAACCAGGAGAAAGCCCCGGAGAGCGAAGCCAGGGCUCGGUCUUACGGCUUUGGGCGAUUUUUUAAAGCCUUGAACGAUUUUUUGAACACGCACACUUUGACUUUGGACUUGACGAAGGAGGAAACCGCAGUUGAAGCGCGAAAGGGCGGCGAUGGGGGCGGUUUGGGCGGCGGGGGUGGUGGAGGCGGCGGUGGCGGCGGCGGGUUUGGGGGAGGCGAUGGGUUUGGUGGAUAUAAGAAAGCAAUAAAGAAAGAGAAAAAAUACAUGCAGUAUGCGUUCAUGGUACUUCUUGGUAUUUUUGGCUUGACUGGACCGCUGAUAAUGAAGACUUUGGCAAUAAUGGCGGCGAAGGCACUGCUUGCGAGCAAAACUGCCCUGAUUAUUGUGGGCUCAGUGGCGCUCAAAAAGAUUUUUGAAAAGGAUCAGGAAAAGACUUCAGUCAAAGUUCAUACUGUUAGUGCUCAUGAUGACCACGACAGGGUCUACGCUCCCAGCCAGGCGACGCCUUACUACUGGACGUAUCAGCCGGGCUUUAAGCACACGUGACACACAAAUGUAUUUCUUUAUAAUUUAUUUGUUUAAAAUUAAGUUAAAUAAAGAAUUGACACACAA